CAGAAUGACAGUGCUACACAAUCCUCCACGAAACCCAAUAUAUAAUGGUCACACGUUCAGCGAUGCUACAAAAGGAGAAUAAUCCAACCCGUUUCAAUCUUCAGUUAUCUCUCGAGUGCCUGAGCUUAGCGGUGGAACCACAGGUUUCCAUGCUCGCGUCGUCACUCCACUGCUGUAGCUGCUGGGUGCAAAAGUAAUUAGGGCUAGCUUAAUUUUUGGAGACAUCGUGACUGGGAAACAUGGAACAUUCUCAUCAUAUCCACUUGCUGUUGUUGUUGCUGAUCACCACAUCACUUGCUCCCUCACAAGCUUCUCUGGGAAAUGGCCACACCAUCAAGUCUGCAACUUUUUUGUCACCAAAAUUUAUGUUAGGGCCAGGAUCAGUGGAGAACAACUUCUUUUACAACAUUGAUUUCCCUAGAGGCCACAUUGGGCUCAAGAGUUUUGAUGCAGAAGUUGUGGAUGAAGCUGGUAACUCUGUCCCUCUCUACGAGACUUACCUUCAUCACUGGCUUGUUGAGAGAUACCAUGUCCCCAGGGAGAAGGCUAGAGAUCCUAAUCUUAGUGGGAAGGACGUUACUUAUGUGAGGAAUGAUGGGUUCUGUCAGAAUGGGAUAAAUAGACAGUCGAAUGGUCUUGGGUCGGAGACUCGUAGGACAUCAACAUAUGUUCCGGAUCCUUAUGCAAUCCAAGUUGGAAAUCCUGCUGAAAUCCCUGAUGGGUAUGAAGAGGGUUGGAUGCUUAAUGUCCAUGCUAUUGACACGAGGGGUGCCGAAGACCGGUUGGGAUGCACAGAGUGCCUCUGUGAACUGUACAAUACCUCUGGAGUUGCUCGAUUUUUGCGCAAUGAUUAUAGAGGAGGUCUAUUUUGUUGCUUUGGGCACACGGAGUGCAGGGUUGAACAAGGUUUUGUGGCUCCAAGGAGAAACCUGUACCUUCGUUAUACUGUGAAGUGGGUUGAUUGGGACAUUGGGAUUCUCCCUGUCAAGAUCUACAUAUUCGAUGUCACUGAUACUGGUAAAAGGAACGGUGGUUCCACAGGGUUCGGUCCAGAAAAUGGCUGCCAGAUUGAGUAUGACAUUGAGCCGUGCAGGGCUCAUGGGUGGUGUGUCGAUGUGAAAAGGAGGAACUUUACAAUGCCAUCCGGUGGUUAUAUCGUCUACAGCGUUGCUCAUCAGCAUACUGGAGGGAUUGGUUCAACUCUGUAUGGAAAGGAUGGACGAGUUAUAUGCCAUUCAGUUCCAAUUUAUGGAACUGGAAACGAGCCUGGGAAUGAAGAUGGUUAUAUUGUAGGCAUGACUACUUGUUACCCGAAGUUUGGAUCAGUGAAGUUAGCAGCUGGAGAAGAGCUGAUUCUGGAAUCUAACUACACUUCUACCAGCGAGCGAGGCCAUACCGGAGUGAUGGGACUUUUCUACAUUUUGGUUGCGGACCAAACUCCAUCAGCCUUCCCUUUCUUGGGCGCUCCUUUUUCCAUAGGUGAUUAUCUGAGCUUGAGUUCAUGGUAUGCUGUAGCUCUGUUUGGACUAAUGGCAGUGGCAGUGGCAGUGGCCAUUGGUGUUGGAGUGUUGUCUUUCGCGAGGAAGGAGGGGGCUGAAAGUGGCUACCACCGCGUUAUGGCCUAGUUCUACGGUACAGUUGUUGUAAUUGUACGCAUUAGAUUGCGAAGUAUAGCAUAUACGCAACGAGAGUCGAAUAAUCGAUGAAGGAGAUGGGAGUGGACUAGUAGCAUAUUCCACAAUUGUAUGUUGAAAGAGCUGCCAUUCAGAUCAAAGUGGAUCUGGGUAUACAGGCAAAACAGCAGAAGUCUCGGCGGAAAAGCUCGGUGCGCUGGGAGUAGAUCCACCAUGCACGAGCCAAGAUGGGAUUUUCUUGUAUCACAAGUUAUUCUAGGGUUUCAGAUUCCGCUAGUUUGGAGGAGGUCAAAUGGCACCAAUAUGGUAUGCUCGAAAUAUAUUAUCCAAACUAUGGUCACUGUAUAGAUAUUUACAAGAAUAUUGUGUUAUUGUAGUGUUUUAUAUCUAAAUUCGUGCAGGGAAGCAUGAGAACUUAAAAUGAGAUUUUUAUCUGUGCAAAACCAUGCAUUUUGUUUCAUUUUUUAGUCUAGUGAUGAUGGAUUU